AUGGUCAAACUCCUGAAUCUACUUUUUUUGUGCGGUGCUCAGCUUCUGGCUGAGAUUCCCUCGACACAUGCUCAGGGACUGGUAGGACAGGGAUCUGGGGUCGCUGGUGCUCGUUUUGGCCAGGGCUCGGGAUCGAGAAGUGGCCUCGGUCGUGGCUGUUGUUGCUUCGAAGAGCCGGAGCCAGAGCCCGAAGACCCUGUUGAGUGUAACCCACAGUGUCCUUCCGCCCAUGCAAAGAUUUUCCAGUGUAAUGGUCGGAAAUAUAAGCAGUUCUGUGGUAUUCAUGUUGCUACACCUACUCUGAGGGAAUUCGAUGUGCCAUCCUAUCAGGCAUGCUUUGAUAGCUGUGUUCAAGAGCCUCUGUGUCACGCUCUUGAUUUCAUGAACAAUCACUGCUGGCUGAAAACGGAAGGCGUUGAUCCACCCCCGAAACCGAUGCCUAGUGACCAGGAUAUUAGUAUCAUCUUCCUUUGA